UUUUCUUCCUGGCACUCCCCUCUGAAUCAUCACGCUCCACUUGUGACGUUGCAGGCUCCGGGCUCCGGCAGGCAGCCGUGGGAUGCCGUCGCCCGGCCCUGGGAGCCUCGAGGCCUCACCGCGCCUCUGCAGCCGCGGUCCCGGGGGAAACGACGGGGCGGCGGCCUGGCGGAUGCUGCGGUCUGCGAUCCAGCGUCGAGCGAGGCGGCGCGCCGCCCGGCUGCGCCUCGCCCUCGGGUGACCACCGCCGUGCUCCCCGCCCCUCGCUCUCGGGCUGAGCCUGCGGCCAGACGCCUGGCGCCCCUCGGCUAGCCUCCUGCGCCCGGCCACCUCCUCCUCCGCAUUUUCCUCCUCCUUCUCCCCCGCCUCUUCCGUUUCUGGAGGGAAAGGCUGCAGCCUCCUGGGCUCCGCAUCCCGGCUUAGGUAAUACGUUUUCCUCCUUACGCCUUGCUCGCCCCGGCGCCACAACCUCCCUUCCUGCUCGGAUCUGGGUUCCCGGGCUGGGUGAACAGCACGCACCGCAUCGCCUGUCCGGACUGUAGAAAUACAUAUAGAAAAGUAUGCAAGUCCUAAGUGUGUAGCUUGAUGAAUUUACACAACGUCGGCCUGAAAAGGUGAUCAUCACUCAGAUCCAGAAUAUUACCAGUGCCUGAAAGCCCCAUCCUAUACCCUCAUCAAUAACCCCUCCUUCUCCAAGAAUAACUGCCAUUGUGACUUCUAACACCCUGACGGCCCAGAGGGUGGGUGCCUAUUCCACCAGCAACUGCAACCAAAAAGCCAGGUUUAGAAAUGUCAGAAAUCCUCCGGGAGCUGCUCCGUGUCUCUGAGAAAGCUGCCGACAUUGCCCGAGCGUGCAGGCAGCAGGAAGCCCUCUUCCAGCUACUGAUAGAAGAAAAGAAAGAGGGAGAAAAGAACAAGAAGUUUGCAGUUGAUUUCAAGACCCUGGCUGAUGUACUGGUGCAGGAAGUUAUAAAACAGAAUAUGGAGAACAAGUUUCCAGGCUUGGGAAAAAAAAUUUUUGGAGAAGAAUCCAAUGAGUUUACUAAUGAUUUGGGGGAAAAGAUUAUCAUGAGACUGUGUCCAACAGAGGAAGAAACAGUAGAUCUUCUCAACAAAGUCCUUAGUGGUAACAAGCUGGCAUCUGAAGCAUUAGCCAAGGUUGUACAUCAGGACGUCAUCUUUACUGACCCAGCUCUGGAUUCAAUAGAGAUCAGCAUUCCACAGGACAUUUUGGGAAUUUGGGUGGAUCCCAUAGAUUCAACUUACCAGUAUAUAAAAGGUUCUGCUGACAUUAAAUCCAACCAAGGCGUCUUCCCCAGUGGACUUCAGUGUGUCACUAUUCUAAUUGGUGUCUAUGACAUACAGACAGGAGUGCCCCUGAUGGGCGUCAUCAACCAGCCUUUUGUAUCACAAGACCUAGGCACCCUCAGGUGGAAAGGACAGUGCUACUGGGGCCUUUCUUACAUGGGGACCAAUAUCCAUUCACUCCAGUCUCCGGUGUCUGCAAGCAACAGCCGUGAAGCGCGGAGCCCGGUGACUGCAAACCCCAGCUCGGGGGCAGAAAGCCCCCACCCGUUCUCAGCCGUCAUCAGCACAAGUGAAAAGGAGCCGAUCAAGGCCGCGCUCGCGCGCGUGUGUGGAGAGCGCAUAUUCCGGGCAGCUGGGGCUGGUUACAAGAGCCUCUGUGUUGUCCUCGGCCUUGUCGACAUUUACAUCUUCUCAGAAGAUACCACGUUCAAGUGGGACUCCUGUGCUGCCCACGCCAUCCUCAGGGCCAUGGGUGGGGGCAUGGUGGACUUAAAAGAGUGCUUGGAAAGACAUCCCCAGGCGGGGCUCGACUUGCCGCAGUUGGUGUACCACGUGGGAAACGAGGGCGCUGCGGGGGUGGAUCAGUGGGCCAACAAGGGAGGACUCAUCGCCUACAGGUCAAGAAAGCAGCUGGAGGCGUUCCUGAGCCUCCUCAUCCAACACCUCGCCCCCAAGGACACACAUACAUAGGUGAGCUCCGUCCUCGUGGACUCAUGCACCCAACUGUGAACCUACUCCCCACAUCUCUAUCUUUGGAAGAUAGCUUUGUCCUAUUGACGGUCAACAUUCACCUUCCUCUUUUGAGGAGCAUUUUUCCAUUAUGUGUUCAUAAUGUUAAUGUCAAUAAAUGAAUGAUAUUCAUGCAGCAA